GUGCGCGCAGAUCGGGAGCGCGCAUGGAGGCGGUCCGGGGCUGCCUCAGUUUUCUGUAAUCGCUUUUUUUUGCUGCUACCUCCAGUUAAAUAGCAAGGACACGGGAGCGAGCAGACGGCCGUGUGAGGAUAUACUUUUUCUCGGUACCUUGGGAUUACGACGCCGAAUUGCAGCAUCGACGGCCAGCCGCCAGGGCCCACGAUGUCCAGCGAAGUGCAGAGACCGGACGACAGCCCCAGCACCAGCGGGGGAAGCUCGGAUAUUGAACAAAGGGAAUCGGUACCGCCUGAGCAGGAGCGAGAGCAAGCGCAGCCCAAAAAGAAGGAGACCAAGAUCUCGAGUAAAACUGCUGCUAAACUUUCAACUAGUGCCAAGAGGAUUCAGAAAGAGCUUGCAGAAAUAACACUAGACCCACCUCCAAACUGCAGCGCCGGCCCCAAAGGAGACAACAUCUACGAGUGGAGGUCGACCAUCCUGGGACCCCCGGGCUCCGUGUACGAGGGAGGCGUCUUCUUCCUGGACAUCGCCUUCACACCAGACUACCCCUUCAAACCGCCCAAGGUAACAUUUCGUACGAGGAUCUAUCACUGCAACAUCAACAGUCAGGGGGUGAUCUGUCUGGACAUCCUGAAGGACAACUGGAGCCCCGCCCUCACCAUCUCCAAGGUGCUGCUGUCCAUCUGCUCCCUGCUCACAGACUGUAACCCAGCCGACCCUCUGGUGGGAAGCAUCGCCACACAGUACCUGACCAACAGAACAGAGCAUGACAGAAUAGCCAAACAAUGGACGAAGAGAUACGCCACAUAGACUUCCUGCCACGAACCGCCCCCUCCUUUACCUCCCCCACCCUUCACUGUACCUCUCUCUACCUCUCUCUCACCCUUAGUCUGUCAAAGCACACUCACUAAGUGCAACGGUAUACCCGCCCUCCUAUCAUCACCCUCCUCCUCUUCCUCACCCCAUCCCCAAACAUUUUAUCUACCUUUUCUGUGUAAAAAAAAAAAAAA